UCGAGUUCUGAAGGUUCGGACGUCAGUCACGCGCUUCAAACGGGAGAGCCUUCAGCGAGCAAACCAUGUGAGCCGGUGCAUGGAACUGAACGAUAACGAUUCGUUCAUUUAAAAGAUUCGUUCAAAAACAACGAUUCGUUAACAGCUCUAAUUGUGAUCCACUUCGAGACAUUUAGCUACAUGUUUUGGAUACAGUCUUGGAAACCGUUUUUGCGUGAAAAAACUUAGACUGGCGUUUGCAGAAGACCGCAGAACCUCAGCAGUGGAAACUUUUUAGUCACGGAAACAUUGUUCAUCUGUGUUUCUAGUUUUGAAUCCUUUGCUCUGUUACAGCCGAUGUAGUUUCGGUGGAUCGCGGUCCCGUUUAGACUUGGUGUCACAAGAACCGCAUUUUAAAUAUGUUAUAAAGUAUCUGUUUUCAUACGCUGGCAUCAUCUCGUGCGAACCUGCCAACGCCUUUUCUCUCCUCGGCUUCGCUAUUCUUCCAGCUGAAGGAAAAUUAAUAUAACGUCCAGUUUCAAAGGUUCUUAUUAAUCGUUUUAUUAACGUUUAGCAAAAUGGGUUGCACGUUAAGUGCGGAAGAUAAAGCAGCGAUGGAGAGGAGUAAGAUGAUUGAUCGGAACCUGCGAGAGGACGGAGAGAAAUCAUCCAGAGAAGUAAAACUACUGCUGCUCGGUGCUGGGGAAUCAGGGAAGAGCACAAUAGUUAAGCAAAUGAAGAUCAUUCAUGAAGAUGGCUACUCAGAUGAGGAGUGCAAGCAGUAUAAAGUCGUGGUUUAUAGCAACACUAUUCAGUCCAUCAUUGCCAUUAUCAGGGCCAUGGGCCGCUUAAAGAUCGACUUUGGGGAUCCAGCAAGAGCGGACGAUGCUCGGCAGCUCUUUGUGCUCGCCGGCACUGCAGAGGAAGGAGUCAUGACCCCUGAGCUCUCUGGGGUCAUCCGCCGGCUGUGGAAGGACGAAGGAGUGCAGACGUGUUUCGUCAGAUCACGAGAGUAUCAGCUCAAUGAUUCAGCAGCCUACUAUCUGAACGAUCUGGAUAGGAUAUCCCAGCCCACCUACAUGCCCACUCAACAAGAUGUGCUGAGGACUCGAGUCAAGACCACUGGCAUUGUAGAAACACACUUCACCUUCAAAGAGCUCUACUUCAAGAUGUUUGAUGUUGGUGGCCAGCGUUCAGAACGGAAGAAAUGGAUCCAUUGUUUUGAAGGCGUCACUGCUAUUAUCUUCUGUGUGGCGCUCAGCGACUAUGACCUGGUGCUAGCUGAGGAUGAAGAGAUGAACCGUAUGCAUGAGAGCAUGAAGCUUUUUGACAGCAUCUGCAACAACAAAUGGUUCACAGACACAUCCAUCAUUCUCUUCCUCAACAAGAAGGAUCUCUUCGAGGAGAAGAUCAAAAGGAGUCCACUUAAAAUAUGCUACCCAGAAUACUCUGGAACAAACACGUACGAGGAGGCAGCAGCAUACAUCCAGUGCCAGUUUGAGGAUCUGAACAGAAGAAAGGAUACAAAAGAGAUCUACACACACUUCACUUGUGCCACGGACACCAAGAACGUACAGUUUGUGUUUGAUGCGGUCACUGAUGUCAUUAUCAAGAAUAACCUCAUAGAGUGUGGCCUCUAUUGAAGCAUGAGUUAUUCAUGGAAGAUUUCCGAGGUUCAAUGAUUGGGUGUUCCUGGUUUUGUCUGUUUCCUCUGUUGGCGAAUAAGCGAGAGAGACAUCCUCCCCACUGCAUGCACUCUUCACACUAAAUGCAGUACCUAUGCCCAUGGACAUUUUUUCCCAUAUCCUUCUUAAUGACAAUCUGUUAUGGACAUUAUUUCUUUGCCACUUCCUUGUAGCCAUUAUUUUAUAGCCAAUACAGCUUCAUUCUGUUCA